AUGGAUCAAGGCCACGGCAACGGGAUGAGUGAAUGGGAUCCCGAGAACUUCAACCCCGAGGCAUGGGGUCACCAGUUCACUGACUCUGGGCUCGCCUUUGACUCUAACCAGGGCGCCAAUCAUUCAUACCAGAACCAGGGACAGAACCACAACCACAACCAGAUGCAGGGCAGCAGCCUCAACAACAACCACAGCCUCAGCAAUAAUCAUAACCUUAACCAUGGUCUCAACCACAAUCACAACCACGGCCAUACCCAAAACCCCAAUGCCUUUAUUGACGCCGCCCCCCAAACUCAGAACCAAAUACGCGCGCAACUCUCGAGGUCCGAGCCUGAGCAGGCCAUGUAUCGGUCCUUUCCAUACUUUCAGCAGAACGACAUAUGGUCGGGCUCUACUCAAACUGCAACGACGCCAAAUCCCUACGGCCAUCCUAGCCCCUUGCCUCAGUCCUACUACCCCAACCAGCAGUCUCCUGGCGAUGUAGGCCGGGCAGCGAAUGCUCGAUUCGCCCUCGUCGAUCCCCACCUUUCACACUGGCAGGGGCAGCAACUGCCGUCCGCAGGAUAUGGCGCCACCCCCGAGUUUGAGAACCCGCUCGCGGCGUCUCACACGGUCAAUCUCCAGCCUCCCGGCCCCCGGGCAUCGCCUCUCUCCUAUUCUUCAGUCAGCCGUGCAGUCCCUGGUGGAGUGAUGCAGGGAAUCCAGGGUUACGAAAGCCUCCCGCGCCAGUCAGUUGAUGCUCGCCAACAUCAACCACAGUUUGCCCCCAUCUCGAACGGGCAGCCGCUACAGGGACGGCCAUCCGUCGCGCAGCUUCCUGUGGCAAUGAACACUGGCAGCCCUCGCACCGCAUUGCAGCAAGCACAACAAAUUCCCAUGACUGCACAGCCUCUGGGACAGCAACAACAGCAGCUGAUAAGCCGAUCACCUCAAACCCACACUCCGCCACUCCAGCCGCAGGUUCAGCCAUCUAUCCAUCGCCCAAUGCAGGCUCCUCCUGUCCAGUCCCAUAACCAGGCUCACAACCAGGCCCAUAACCAGACUCACAACCAGACUCCUGUCCAGGCUCAUAACCUGAAUCCCGUACAGGCUCACAACCAGACUUCUAUCAAGACUCACAACCAGGCUUUUGUACAAGCUCACGUCCAAGCUCCUGUUCAGCCUACCCAAAUCCAAGCCGCCGUCCAAGCUGCUCCGAUACAGUCGUCUGCGGCGCGACCCCAACCUGUCCAACAAUUUGUGCAGUCUACGGACAGAAACGUGGUGUCCGGAGUGAAACGGCGUCCGACCUCGGAAACACCGGAGCCUGGACUGUUAGUUAAGAAGGUCAGGGUGUUGGGUGGCCCUAUUAACCCCAGCUCGCCGUCGACACCGGCUACGCAGACAGAGACUCCUCCACCUAAUAGUAGCUUCUAUCUCGACAACCAGGCUCUAGAAGAAGCCCGUGGACGGAUUGGGGGUACCCUAGCUGGGGUUCCACACCUGAUUGUUGGAGACACGCCUGUAAAGCUCAAGAAGGGGCCUCCUACGAAACGUUACGUUAUUAUUUCCACGAAAGGCGACAAGGACCCCCUGUUUCCGGAACUACCUUGGGGCUGGACUCAAGCCGAGAGUCUGGGUAACCAUCUAGCUGCUUACCAGGGCGCCAAAACCUACCUGGACCGGCAAAAGGCAGAUGCUAGACUCGAAAUGGAACUGGCACGAACGGAAACCGAAAUUCCCAUAGACUGGUGGAAGAAGUUGCCAAAGGGGGACGCAAACUUAGAGGCCAAGCGGACUGAUCCCCCACCUGAACCUCUAAACACGGCAGUCACAGUCUCUGCCUCGCUGUUUAUUCACCCUUCUCACAAGGGCAACCGCCGGGUGCUGAUACAGGCGGCGGAUGACUACUACGAUAUUUUGGAUGACAAAGUCGCUGAGUACAGAAAGAAUGCACCCAUAUUCGACAAGAUUGUCAAGGGACUAAAAAUACGAGCCAAGAAUCCGGCUUUAUUUUCUCUCGCUGACGAGGAAGCCUUGAAGCUCCAGCUCGAGCCGACGGGGAAGCAGUUGGAAUCCGCCUUUGCUGCGGGCCUCAAGGAAGCCGAUGCUCGCGUCUUCCGGCACCUGGGCGAGAAGACGGAUCUGCCAACCCGCAUUCUCAACGUCCUCAUCCGCCACAUCAAUCUCAACGACGCCAGGUCACCUCUAGUAAAAGUCCUCCUCCGCUUUUUCUGCCGUUUUACAACCGUGAAGCGGAGUAAGUUGGAGAGCUGGAAGUUUCCUUCCAUAGCCAAGAAGCUCGAGUCGAACGGGGAUGCAGAAGUCAGAAAGCUGGUAGCUGCCAUAUUCUCCAAUGCCGACGAGAAUGAUGAAAGCGACUCGUCGGCCUCGGACGCGAAAACUGUGCCUUCGAAGACCAUCGAGUCAGCAGGCGAGAGAAAGAUUUCCAAGGGCAACGGCAAAGUGUCUACGGCCUCUUUGGGCAGCAAACGGGCCCGUGAAGACGAUGUCGGCAGCGAAGGGCGGUCAUCUAAGAAGACUACGGCCGACUUGUCCACGCCCGGCACCAACAGUUCAAAGGCAUCGUCCGCUGCCACCAAAGCCCCACCAGCGACCGUCACCAAGGUGCCCGUCCCGAAACUACCAAUAGCGGCCCCCGCGCCCACACCUGCAACUAGUCAAGCAAAAGCUCGUAGUGGACUUCUACUUCCUGGCAAGAUACGCCCCGCGCCGAAGGCUUCGCCAAAAAUCGAGACUCUCAAGGUCGAGGCGCCCAAGGCCACGGCCAAGCCAAUAGUGGCACCAAAGGCGCAACCUGUGAAAACCGACGCGCCCAAGGCAGCUGUCUCUAAGCCACAGGCGGCACAGGCGGCACCCACCGCCCCGGCGCCCACAAAGAUCACAAAGCUUAAGGUCUCCGAACCAACCCAGUCAGGGCCGUCAAGGUUCGCGGCCCUUUUGGCAGAGAUUGCAGAACCCAAGAAGGUGAAGGCGCCAGUGCCUCAACCACUCACUCCGACAGACCCGGACGAGACAGAUGCGCAGAAGGAACGUCGUCUGCGCAAGGAAGCGCGCCGGAGGCUCAACUUGAAGGUGACGUUCCGAAGCGACGAUCGCUUGGUUGAGAUACGCGAAUUCACGCGCUUUCCCGAAGAGAUUGGCGGCCGCCCAGGCAACGCGGCCCGCGACGUGGACAAGAUGGAGGGCAUGGCUUUGAAAAAGGGCCAUGCGGGCGAAAUCCGUCCGUGGGAGGAGCCGAAUCCUCUCGACCUCGACGCUAUACCACAGGAGGCGCGGGAGCGGGCUUUCGUUACACGAGGCGGCAACGCGACCUUUAGUACUGAACAGCAAAAGUUCAUGGAGGAUCGCGAGGCGACGGAGCUCAUGGUCGUCUAUACGGAGCCAUCAGAUAUCCCCCCCACUCCGAAAUCGCCACCUUACGAGCCCAUGCUCGCUGACGACAACCCUGCUGAAGCUAUCCAGCUGCCAGCAGCCUCAGAGUACGACGAGGUUCGCCUGCGGGCGAGAGACCGAACUCAGGUGGGGCUCUGGCGGGCCGCCAACGACAGCCAGGUACGCAUGGAUGCCCGGUCCAAUCCAGACUAUGCCGACUUCACAAAGGCUCUGAAAUCGAUAUCUUCGAUUGCCGACUCGUACAACGGGCACACAGGGCCCAAGACCGAAGCUCGCGACGACUGGGAAACUAUCGGAUCCGACUCCCGAGACCAGCAGACAUACUCGUCGCUCAUGUCAGACAGGGCCAGGAAUUACAGGGACCCCGAGGAAUUUGACCCAGCACGGCCUCGGACAGUGCAGCGGCACGACUAUGUCGAUGCCGUUGUUCAGAAGGCAGUCGACUUCGUCGAGGAGAUUGUCGAUGAGCUGCGCAAGUCGCAGUCGUAUCUCCCUUCGGGUACCGCCGAGGUCCCCGCCACUAAGCAGCAAGUCUCGCAGCCGGCCGAGGCGGCGCCGGAUUAUACGGCAGCUUGGGCCCAGUACUACGCUCAGCAAGCACAGCCGCAGCAGCAGCAGCAGCAAAAGCAGGCGGCCUGGUAUGCCCAGCAACAGACCGCAUAUAACCAGGGCGCCAAUCCUUACGUGCAAGCUCAGGCGUCUCAGGUUACCGGUCAGCAGCCCAACGCAGACGCUGGCAACCAGCUCUCGGCGAUCCUAUCGGUUCUCGGUAACCAGCCCGCAGCAGCCCAGCCGCAAUACCCCUCGGCCGACUCAGCAAGCCUUCAGGCCCUAAUGAACGCCCUCGCCGGUACAACCCAGCCUCAGGGCUCGCAGAGCCUCCCAGCUCCUGCCGACCCCCAGAGCGCCGAAUACCUGCUCUCCAUUAUGAAGUGGGCUAGCGGACAAGCUCCAGCACAGGCGCAGGCCAGCGCCGCUCCUGCGGCGGCCACGUCGUACGCACAGAGCCAGGGCCAGACGGGCGCCCCUGUCCAUGGGCCCUACGGCGCGCAGGGCUAUGGCCAAUCUCACCGAGAUCAAGACGGGUACAAUCCCGGGAACCGGUCUGCGGGCGGCGGUGGAUCGAAUGGCGGUGGUGGCUGGGGCAGUGGCUCAGGCUCCAAGUCGUCCCAGUCGGACAUUCCUGAGCACCUCCGCGGCAUCAACCGCAGCCUCAUCGGGACCAAGCAGUGCACUUUCUGGGCCCGCGGCCAGUGCGCCAAGGGUGAUAAGUGUACGUUCCGCCACGACUAG